AUGUUUCUGUCUUGCCUUUACCCAGAAAAAGAAAAAAAAAACAAAUCCUCUGAAUUCACUAAAAUCUGGUCUCAUCUCUCGGUGUCACAUCUCUCUCAGUAUUGCUAUCUAGCUAUCCCUGCAACUGUCAAGGUCUCACAUCUCUCUCAGUAUAGCUAUCGAGCUAUCCCUUCAUCCCUUAAGGUGUCACAUAUCUCUCAGUAUAGCUAUCGAGCUAUCCCUUCAUCCCUUAAGGUGUCACAUCUCUCUCGGUAUAGCUAUCAAGCUAUCCCUUCAUCCCUUAAGGUGUCGCAUCUCUCUCGGUAUCGCAUCUCUCUCAGUAAAGCUAUCAAGCUAUCCCUUCAACCCUUUAAGGUGUCACAUCUCUCUCGGUAUAGCUAUCGAGCUAUCCCUUCAAGUGUUAAGGUGUCACAUCUCUCUCAGUAUAGUUAUCGAGCUAUCCCUUCAUCCCUUAAGUUGUCACAUAUCUUUCAGUAUAGCUAUCAAGCUAUCCCUUCUACCCUUUAA